ACACUCUUCUACUUUAUCACCUGAUUGAAAGCAGAACAUGCUGAGCCACAACAAAAGAGUAUCAUGGCGACUUCGGCGACAUUUCCUGGAGCCGUAGAGACGCUCUCCUACCAGGGUGAUUCAGGAGGCACUUACAAUGCGACAUUAAACAGAGAGGCCUUCACUUUGAUCGCACAAAAUGUAACGUGCGCCUACCCCAUCAGCGACAUCUACGCCCCCGCAAGCCGAUACCUCUUCUACGUACUCGUCGUCCUGACUUUCUGCUCCAUCCGCAUCCGCUGGCUCUCCCACGUCUUCUUCGGCGCAGUCGUCGCCUACGCAGCCUGCGCCGCCAUCAAUGCCUUCAUCAUCAUAGCAAACCAGCCACCCAUCCAAGAUGCGCAGAACGUCACAAUCCCCUACAUUUCUCCUAACUCCAAUUGGACCACCGGUCCGGACGCCAUCAAUGCCCUCGUCACCAACGCCACCACUGUCACCGUCAAGCCCGACGCCGUGGAACUCGACAUUGACCCCAUCACCGCUAUCGUGGUCACCGCCUGCCUCGUCGGGCUCCCCCUGCAAAUCUGGUCCCGCACCAUGCGCUCCUCGCUCAUCAUCCGCUACAUGAUCCUCCUCUGGAACAUGACCAUGCUGGCCGCCUCCGUUUGCGCUCUACUCGCCUGGUCUUCCACGAACCUCGCAGCGCCGCAGUACCGCUUCUGCUUCGCGGGCGUACUGGACCCGGACGCACAGCUCAGCGAUGGGUGGGACCCAAAGUACUGGGAGGGCAGCUGGAACGCGACCAUCGCCAACAUUUUCGAGCAUCCCCAAACAACGUGGCAGGAGCUCAGCAACAACUGCUUCUACCCGUGCUGGAACACGUCGCAGGUGAUCCGGCAGCGGACGUCGCUGAAGAGCGUGGUGUCAACGCGGCACACCAAGUUCGCAAAGUUGCACAAUCCCGCGCGGGACAAUGGCGACGACCUUCUUGCGCUGCUGAUAUACAUCGCGGUGUGGGGUUUUGCGCUGGCGCAGAUAUUUCUGUAUCUGCUGAGUGUGCUGAGGUUGGGGAGCAAGGAGCUGAGGGCUACGAUUCACGAGCCGCAUCAUCUUUGGAGGAAGAAGGGGCUUGUGUGGAGACAGCUGAAAGCAGAUUGGGGCAGGAGUUGGGUCACGCUACGAGGCAUUGGGAGGAUGCCGUUGCAUUUGAGUCGGGAGGUCCGUGUGAGAGAGGAGAGGCCGAGACUGCACGACUUGGUGCCUGUGCUGCGGCUGCUGACCGACGUCACUGCACUCAUCAUCCUCGUUGCGGUGUUUCUGCUAUCUCCGUGCAUAGUGGUAGCGUUCAUCUGCUGGAUCGAGUGGUACAUUCGCAACGAUGGGUCUACGAACGAGUCGAUCAACCAGGUUGGGCAGUGGGCACCGUUGGUCUCUGUGGCCGUCGUCCUGUUGGCGUCCACUGUGUAUCAUGUCCUGAAGGAUCCGUUGGCGAAUGCGCACGAGAUACGCACGGAGAUUGAGCAGAAGGAGGCGAGCCUGCAGAAACUUAGGGAGAAGCUAGAGAUGAUGGGCGGAGCCGAGGACGUCGAGAUCGGGACGCCAAGUGAGCCUUUGUCGCGGACGGUGUCGCGGUAUGAGAGGCGGACAUGUUCUGUGUAACGGCAGGUGAGAUAGGUUGGAGGGAAAUGGAAGACAAUAAGCAGUUUCAACAACGAAAACC